UAAUCUGUGGUUUGAUCCCUCGUGUAUAAACCUUCUUGCGAUUUAUUUUUUUCUUGGAUAAACUUUAAGUUACGAUGGCUGCAAUUAGUCUCCUAAACCCUAAAGCUGAAUUUGCACGUGCAGCUCAAGCAUUGGCGGUAAAUAUCUCUGCAGCUAAAGGCAUACAAGAUGUGAUGAGAACUAACCUCGGUCCCAAAGGGACAAUGAAAAUGUUGGUAUCGGGAGCCGGUGAUAUAAAGAUAACCAAAGAUGGGAAUGUGCUGCUACAUGAGAUGCAGAUACAGCACCCGACGGCGUCGCUGAUUGCCCGCGCGUCUACUGCUCAAGAUGACGCUACCGGAGAUGGCACCACUUCCACCGUGCUGCUGAUCGGCGAGCUACUGAAGCAAGCUGACAUUUACAUCAGCGAAGGAUUGCAUCCUAGAAUCAUAACUGAAGGUUAUGACUUGGCCCGUGCUAAGGCUGUUGAAGUAUUAGAGUCUAUGAAGAUACCAAUUGAGGUUAAGAGAGAAAACCUUCUGGAUGUUGCUAGGACUUCUUUAAAGACAAAAGUUCAUUCCAAACUUGCUGAUGUACUGACAGAUGCAUGUGUGGAUGCGGUGCUGGCCAUUCGUACACCAGAUAAACCCGUUGAUUUGCACAUGGUAGAAUUAAUGGAAAUGCAACACAAGACUGCCACCGAGACAACACUUAUCAGAGGUUUGGUAAUGGAUCAUGGUGCGCGCCACCCUGAUAUGCCGAAACGUGUUGAAAAUGCUUACAUUCUCACUUGCAAUGUUUCUCUUGAGUAUGAGAAGACAGAAGUAAACUCUGGUUUCUUCUAUAAGUCUGCUGAAGACAGAGAAAAAUUGGUGGCCGCCGAGAGAGAUUUUAUCGACCAAAGAGUUAAGAAGAUUAUUGCUCUCAAGAAGAAACUCUGCGAUGGAACUGACAAGACCUUUGUUGUCAUUAAUCAAAAAGGUAUUGACCCUCUGUCAUUAGAUGCGCUUGCUAAAGAAGGCAUUGUUGCACUGCGUAGAGCCAAGCGGCGUAAUAUGGAACGCCUGGCUUUAGCGUGCGGCGGAACCGCCAUGAAUUCUGUUGAUGACUUAACCGAGGAAAGUCUUGGAUAUGCCGGCCUGGUAUAUGAACAUAUUCUAGGAGAGGAGAAAUACACUUUUGUUGAGCAAUGCAAAAAUCCUCUUUCCGUCACCAUUCUAAUCAAAGGGCCCAACAAACACACUUUGACGCAAAUCAAAGAUGCAGUCCGCGACGGUUUGAGAGCUAUCAAUAAUGCCAUUGAAGACAAAUGUGUAAUCCCAGGCGCUGGCGCAUUCGAAAUUAAGGCAAACGUUGAACUCUCAAAGUACAAAGAUACUGUCAAAGGAAAAGCCCGUUUAGGAAUCCAAGCCUAUGCUGAAGCCUUGCUGGUAAUCCCCAAAAUUUUAGCUGUGAACUCAGGUUAUGAUGCUCAAGACACGAUUGUUAAAUUGCAAGAAGAAGCACGUUUGAGUCCAGACCCUGUAGGGUUGGAUUUGAGUUCAGGUGAAGCCAUAAAACCUACAGAUUUAGGUAUUUUUGACAACUAUGUUGUGAAAAAGCAAAUCCUAAACUCCUGUUCUGUCAUCGCUAGUAACCUCCUCCUAGUUGACGAAAUUAUGAGAGCGGGUAUGAGCAGUCUAAAAGGCUAAUUAAUUUUUUUUUUCUUCCAUCGUAAUGGAGCUUCAUGCUAUAUUAGUUUCAAAUGUGGUAUAUAAAAUUUUAUUCCUGAUAUUCGUAAGCUAGCAAAGCAUAAGUACACACAAAGACUAGUGUAGCAUGAUUCAUUCAAUGGCUCUUGGCUUUAUCUCUAUAAUUUUGCAUUUUAUAUUGUAUUCAAUGCUAAUAAAUUUAGUUCUUUAUUUCCUUUACCUUAUUGUGUUUCGUAUAGUAUACGAUGCCUUAAUUAAUGCAAUUAUUGUAACUGUAUUAAUAAAAUAAUAUCUUAAUAUCAC